GCUUCUCCUUAUAUCACCGCGGUUCUGACUACUUCACUAAGUGGAUCGAGGCAGAACCAUUAUGUCCAGUAUUAACGUUCCUGACUAUAGUCAGGAUACUGGUAUAUACCCCUAUAACGGUAAAGUCCUGCUCGCUGCCGUUGUUCUCCUCUCCGUUGUCAUCCUCUUCGUUAUCCUCCUCCAUAUCUACGCCCGUUGGUUCCUCAGGCGAAGGCCCGUCAUCGCACACGUCGUCUCUGAACCACUUCACACGCUAGCUAGUACUCUUGCCGCUCGCAACUGGUAUGUUGAUGACGUGACAGUUUUCUCGAAAGGGCUAGACAGGGGGAGGGGGGAGUUAGUUGAGUGCGUCGUGUGUUUGGGUGUGAUGGAGGAGGGGGAAGAGGGCAGGGUUUUGCCCAGGUGUAAGCAUGUUUUUCAUGUUGAGUGCGUUGAUGUUUGGCUGAGGUCUCGUUCAACUUGCCCGAUUUGUCGAGCUCUGGUGAUGGAGAAGGAGGAGGCGGUGGCGGUUGAUGUGGUGGAGGAGGAGGCGGUGGUCGGAAAUGAGGAGUCAGGGGGAAUUAAUGAAGUAACUGAGGGUAAUGUGUCAUGGGAAUCAUCGACAUCGGCGUCAUCAUCAUCGGCGUCAUCUUCGUGCUCAUCAUCAAUAUCCUCCUCCUCCUCCUCCUCCUCCUCUUCUUUUAGUUGCUCUUUAAAGAGAAUGGUAAGCAAAAGUAGAUCAGAAAGUAGGGUGUUCCCAUCAGCUGGGAUUGUGUAAAUUAAAUUGGAUGAUCGAUGGUGGC